AUGGGUCGUGAACGCCAAAACCGCAAGCGGCGCUCAUCGCGCCCCAAGAUUACCAUGCCUAACCGGCGGAAGAAGGUGUUGAACCCGCUCGGUAACGGCAUCAUCGCCAAGAACUGGAACAAAAAAGAGACACUCUCUCAAAACUACUCCCGCUUCGGCCUCGUCGCCAAGCUCGGCAAGCAAACAGGCGGCAAGGCGCCGUCCAACAGAUCCAUCAUCUCCGCCGCCGGACAGGACGCGCUCGCCGUCCGGUCUGGCGACCAAGGCCUGCUGCAGGUGCGCGAGGUCAAGGUCGAGCGCGACGCCUCCGGCCGCAUCACGCGCGUGCUGCGCGACAGCAACCCGCUGGGCGACCCGCUGAACGAGCUGGACUCGGACCCGGACUCGGACUCGGAAGAGCGGCGGAAGGAGAAGCAGCGGCAACGCAAUUACGAAGAGUGGAGCGGGUUCCACGAGGAGAAGGAGGGCGGGGAGGGCGACAAGCCCGCGGUGCUGCGCGCGCUGGAGCGCGAGGCGAGCCGGCCGACGGAGAAGAAGGUGCGGCAUCAGAGCGAGCGAGAGGUGGACUGGCUGCGGCGGCUGGUCGAGCGGCACGGGGAUGACACGGCGGCGAUGGCGAAGGACAUGAAACUCAACCCCAUGCAGCAGACUGCGGCGGACAUCCGGAGGCGCUUGAAAAAGGCUGGUUUGUUGGAUUCGUGA